AUCUAGUGGCAGAUGCUGGUCUGCUCAGUUCAAGUCCCGUUCAUGCCAGGCCCGGGGCGGCAGUAGUGGGCCGACCGCCGGGGAAUGGGUUUGCAGCGGGGAAGCGCACACAUUUCGCCAGCCUGAACCAUUCGGCCAACUUCUUCAGGGUCUGAAAGCCCAUCCACAGCAUGGAAGGGGAAAGCAGCGUUUGUGUUGCGGACAAACCAUUCAUAUGCUCGGUGUGCGGACGUGGAUUCGACCGGCCGUCCAGCCUGGAGGCUCACGUCUGUGACCGAGGCGGGGAGAGGCUGUGUCAGUGCGGGGACUGCGGAAAGAAGUUCACCUACCCCUCGGCGCUGGAAACGCACCGGCGCAGUCACACGGGGGAGAGGCCCUUUGGCUGCCCCGAGUGCGGGAAGCGCUUCGCCCUGUCGUCGACCCUGCAGAGACACCGGCGAGUGCACACCGGCGAGAGGCCCUUCGCCUGCUCCGAGUGCGGCAAGGCCUUCAACCAGUCGUCGGACCUGCUGGCCCACCGGCGGGUCCACACCGGGGAGAGGCCCUUCGCCUGCCCCGUGUGCGGGGAGCGAUUCACGCACGGCUCCAACCUGCAGACCCACCAGCGGGUCCACACCGGGGAGAACCCGUUCACCUGCCCCCUCUGCGGGAAGGGCUUCACUCAGGCCUCUAACCUGCAGAGGCAUCAGCGGGUCCACAGCGGCGAGAGGCCCUUCGCCUGCCCCGAGUGCGGGAAGCGCUUCGCCGAGUCGGCCAGCCUCCUGGCGCACGGCCGUGUCCACAGCGGCGAGAGGCCCUUCGCCUGCCCUGAGUGUGGCAAGGCCUUCACCCUAUCGUCGACCCUACAGAGACACCAGCGACUGCACACCGGCGAGAGGCCCUUCGCCUGCUCAGAGUGCGGUAAGGCCUUCAACCAGUCGUCGGACCUGUUGGCCCAUCAGCGGGUUCACACCGGCGAGAGGCCCUUCGCCUGCCCCGUGUGCGGCAAAGCCUUCGCCCAGGCCUCUAACUUACUUAGCCACCGGAGGGUCCACACCGGGGAGAAUCCCUUCAGCUGCUCCCUGUGCGGCAAAGCCUUCGCCCAGGCCUCUAACUUACUCAGCCACCGGCGGGUCCACACCGGGGAGAGGCCCUUCACCUGCUCCCUGUGUGGAAAGGGCUUCAGUCGAUCGUCCUACCUGGUGAAACACCAGCAGGUUCACAGCUGACUGCGCUGUUCUCAUUCUGCGCGCAGUCGCUUUUGGAGGACCCUGGCCUGUGUAUCGAUGGACAAAGGGCAGUCUGUCAAAGCUCUUUGUAAAGUGCCCAUCAGGACAAUUGCAAGAAUAUCGAAUUACGAAGGCAACAACUUAUACCGCAUGAGGAAAGUGUGCUGACUGAAAAUCGAUUGGUCUUGAGCUGCCAUGGAGAAUGCAACCAGGGAAUUCUCCCCCCGCAACCCCGCCUCGUUUAAGGCGCAAAGCAGGGUCCUGUUCUUAGUGUCUGCAAAUGACAGAUUCUUGUUUAUGAAUAAUUGUUGCUUCCAUUAACUGUACCUUGGCCACUGUGUAAGACCAACACUCAUUUUAAAUUUAAAAAAUUCUCUUUAAAGUUUUUGAGAAGACUUGCAGCUCA